AUGGCCGACAAGUCUCGAAAACUCUCAAAACACCAUACAAACCCUUCUAGAACUGAAAGACAUUCAAAAAGAAAUAAAGAGUCUAAAUUCCAUUUAAGUGAAUCGCGAACACCUCCAUACUCAUCAAAACAUACUAGCAUUGGUGAAUUAAUAAAACAGAGGGAGUCUCUAAAAAAAGAACUUGAAACUAUAUCCAAAAAUACCAAAGUUAACUCAGUAAAAGAUGAUUUUAGCAAAAAACGCAAUAUACAUGACCAUGGUGACAAAAGUAAAAAGAGUAAAAGAAGUAAAAGUGAGAAAAAUAUUUCAAUUACUAAUAAAAAUGAGCAAUCACCUUUCAAUCAGGAUUUUGCACACCUAGAUUCUGAAGAUGAAGAACACAUUAUUGAGCAAAGAAGAAGACAAAGGAAGGAACUGUUGGAACAACUUGUUAAGAGUCAAUCUCCUGACCAGAAAAAUCACAAGGACAACCAAGAACACAUUGUUGAUUUGAUUAAAGUUAAUGAUCAAGAAAUGCCCAAAUCUAAAAAAUUCAGAGCAGAAGUAAAACCUGAAAUAACAGAUAUGUUUGCUGAAGAGGAUUUUCAAUCAAUCAAACACACUGACAAAGUAACACAAGAUAAUAGCAAAAGUACUUCUCAACUAACCGACAACUGGGAUGAUGCUGAAGGAUACUAUAAUAUUAAAAUAGGUGAUAUCAUAAAUAAUAACAGAUACACUAUCAAAUCCUUACUGGGACAAGGAGUUUUUGCAAAUGUAGUAAAAGCUCAAGAUAAUACGAGCAACAAAGAAGUGGCAAUAAAAAUUAUGAGAAAUAAUGAUUUAAUGUACAAAACAGGCUUAAAAGAAAUUGCUACAAUAAGAGAAGUGAAUGACUCAGACCCGACCAAUAAAUAUCAUUGUGUAAGACUGGAAUGUCAUUUUAUGCACAAAAACCACCUUUGUUUGGUCUUAGAGUCCUUGCACAUGGAUUUGAGAGCCAUUUUAAAAAAGUAUGGUAGACAUCGUGGACUAAAUGUUAAACCUCUUACAAGUUAUAGUGUACAAUUGUUGAUGGCUUUAAGACUCCUUCGAAAAGUUGGCUGCAUUCAUGCUGAUAUUAAACCGGAUAAUAUUUUAGUAAACGAAAGAAAGAAUGUAUUGAAAUUAUGCGACUUUGGGUCAGCAUUUAAGGUUAAUGAAAAUGAACCGACUCCAUAUUUAGUAUCAAGGUUUUACAGAGCCCCGGAAAUUAUAUUAGGCAUACCAUACGGUCACGGUGUAGACAUGUGGUCCACUGCAUGUACUAUGUUUGAAAUGGCGACUGGGAAAAUUCUUUUUACUGGAAAUUCGAAUAACAAGAUGUUGAAGUGCUUUAUGGAUCUCAAAGGAAGAAUGCCUACGAAACUCAUUCGAAGGGGCAAGUUUAAGGAUCAACACUUCAACUAUAAUAAUAAUUUUUUACUACACAAAAAGGAUGAGUUUUCUGGAAGAGAAAAAUUAGAAGAAAUAUCCGCCAUUUCUAUAACGAGGGAUCUUCACAAAGAGCUGAAACGGAGUAGAAAAGAUAUGACAACUGGUGAAGUGAAAAAAAUUGGACAAUUAAAGGAUCUCUUGGACAAAAUGUUGAUGUUGGAUCCAAGUCAAAGAAUAUCUGUUUCUGAUUGUUUACGACAUCCGUUUGUUAGAGAAGAAAUAGAAAAUUAA